UCUUCCAGAUAAUCAGUGCUUGAACUUGCCAAUCGAAGCAGGAACUCCGGCUUUUUGCAGUGCCACACUUCAUUCCUCAGCCAUGAGAAGAUCGGGGCAACAUUUACAUCGGCCACAUGCGAAGCAAGGUGUAGGAGGAUUGAAGGGCAUGAUGGGGAAGUUAUCAAUCGCUGUGGCUGUUCUCUUGAUCUGUACGGUUUUGUUGUUUGUAUCAUCAACGAAUAAAGGUGGCUUUGGAUCCGUCUCUCGCUCUGAGAUCAAGGCUGAUGAACUUUGGAGCCAUGCUGAUUCUGGUGGUUGGAGACCGUCUUCAGCUCCACGAUCUGAUUGGCCACCUCCACCGAAUGAAAGCAACGGUUACUUGAAGGUUCGCUGUAAUGGUGGUCUGAAUCAACAACGCAGUGCUAUAUGUAAUGCAGUUCUUGCUGCUCGGAUUAUGAAUGCAACACUGGUUCUACCUGACUUAGAUGCAAACUCCUUCUGGCAUGAGAAGAGUGGUUUUCAUGGUAUCUAUGAUGUGGAGAAUUUUAUAAAGACACUGAGGUAUGAUGUACGAAUUGUGGAUAGCAUUCCAGAUAUUCGCAAGAAUGGGAAAACUAAGAAGAUAAAGCCUUUUCAGCUCCGACCCCCUAGAGAUGCUCCAAUCAGUUGGUAUACUACGGUUGCUCUUGAGAAGAUGAGGGAGCAUGGUGCUAUAUAUCUCACUCCAUUUUCACAUCGUUUAGCAGAAGAAAUUGACAAUCCUGAAUACCAAAGAUUAAGAUGCAGGGUUAACUAUCACGCUCUGAGAUUUAAGCCGCAUAUCUUAAGAAUUAGUCAAUCAAUAGUUGAUAAGCUCCGCAAUCAAGGCCAUUUCAUGUCUAUUCACCUUCGUUUUGAGAUGGACAUGCUGGCCUUUGCAGGGUGUUUUGACAUUUUUACUCCUGAAGAACAAGAAAUUUUGAAGAAAUAUCGAGAGCAAAAUUUUGCAAAGAAGAGACUGGUUUAUAGUGAACGAAGGGCAAUUGGAAAAUGCCCCUUAACUCCGGAGGAGGUUGGUCUCAUUUUACGUUCCAUGGGGUUUGACAAUUCUACCAGAAUAUAUCUCGCAGCUGGUGAGCUUUUCGGUGGUGAACGAUUCAUGAAGCCAUUUCGUGCUUUGUUUCCCCGUCUCGAGAACCAUAGCUCUGUUGAAUCUUCAGAGGAGCUUCUUGAAAAUGUGAGAGGAUUGACAGGGUCUGCAGUUGACUACAUGGUUUGUCUCCUUUCCGACAUCUUCAUGCCAACCUAUGAUGGACCGAGCAACUUCGCCAACAAUUUGUUGGGCCACCGUCUGUAUUAUGGCUUCCGGACUACAAUCAGACCAGACAGGAAAGCUCUUGCACCAGUUUUCAUCAACAGAGAGAACGGAAGGACAGCAGGCUUUGAAGAAGCUAUUAGGAGAGUUAUGCUCGGCACACACUUUGGUGGACCACACGAACGCGUUCAACCAGAGUCAUUUUAUACGAAUUCUUGGCCUGAAUGUUUCUGUCAAAUGUCGCCAAAAAAGCCUGCUGAUAAAUGUCCACCAGACAACGUGUUGGAGAUUCUGAACGACCAAUUGGUGGAAAGUCGAAGUGACAGCGAUUCGGAUGUCUCAACCCAAUCCAAUUCAACUGCCAGAUGAGAAGCAUAUAUCAAGAUGUUAGCAAGCUCAUUAUAACUCCACCCUGCCAACGACACAGUUACCAAUUCCAAUUGAAUAGGUUUCAUUUACAAACGGCACUUGCCUCCAGGCCCGUUUGGAUUAGUCUAGCAUUGCGAGAUAGUAACACGAGGAGACUCAUGUCGAUGCGAGAUUACAGCAGAAUCAUCUAGGGUGUGUACAAUUGUACUUUCUCCAUGUGUUAUACUGUCAUCUCGAAUGUCCUAUUUUGUAAUGUAGCAAUAACAUGUUUUCCACUCUGGUUCACAGCCUAUGCAGGUAAGAACUUUUUUACGAAGUUGCUUCUUUACCAAUAUAUGUAGUUUUUGAGGUCCUUAUUUAAAAUUCCUUACUGACAUGGAAGCUUCAAAUUAUGUUAUUGUUCUAAAGAUAAAAUGACAGAGUCAAGAUGGUUGAA